UUGGCCCCUUCUAAAGAGCUCAAGGUUGCUAAAAUAGACAAGUGUAAGAUGAGGCACUUCAAAGAGUUCAUUUCCUCAAAGAAACUAGCAAAAUAUGGGUUUGGUCCUACAGAAUUUGAGAGGCUUUCACCUCCCCCUACUACCAAAGGCAAUAACUCCAUUACUGAGGUUCGAGGUAAUCUCGUAGAUCUCGAUCCCAUGGCUCCUAACUUGCAAGAAGUUAUGGAGGUAAAGAAAAGACGACUCCAAAAGAAAGGGCGCCUAACCAAGCCUCAUGAUCCUAACUCUCCCCUCAACUCUAGGUUAAAAAAGGUCCCUAGAAUUGAAGAAAAAAAUUCUUCAAGGAAGGAGGUUCGUGAGCUUUAUUUGGGAGCUCAAAAUUUGGAGUCCACUCCUGCUUCUAUUGAAGAUCUCUAA